CUUUCAGAUUGCCUGCUUCUGAGUGAUUCUAGUGUCGUGAUUCCAUCUGAAUCGUCAGUUUGGCCUUUGAUAUUGCGCAAUGUCUGAUCGGCGUCCAAAGGACCUGAGCAGCUUGAAGCAUUUGAUUCUUGACCGAGAGUAUCCGCUGAAUACAACCCGCUUCCUCGAUGAGUUGGUGAAGAGAAAACUAAUCACCAAAAUUGAAGAAGAAGAGCUGAGAAAAAUGAAAUACAGGAAGCAGAUUGACGAGAUUUUCGUCAUCCUUUAUAAAAAGAAUCCAAAGCCAACUUUCAAUGCUGUGAAAGAUAUUAUGAAUGAAAUGGAUAGAACUGACUUUGUUGAUGGCGAGUCUUCGCCCAAUGUGACUGCUUGGUGUGGUUUCACGGCAUCAUUCCUGAUUGGUCCGUAUUUGGAAGAACCACGUGGCCCGAAGACGUGCACCGUCAACGGGGAACGAUAUCAUAAGCUUCUGGCGGAAGCUGUCCUUCCCGGCUUGGUACAACGUGGCAUUCUUGGCGACAUCAUCUUCAUGGCACAUGAAGAUGAUGUCACCACAUAGGAAGAUGAAGAUUCCAGCUCCUUGCAGAAGCGGAACGGCAGCGAUCGACAACAGCAGGGGGAAUUUCGCAGCUCUGAACAUGAAAAGACCGAGGAGAUGCUCAUGAAACAAUUGGGUGAGACGGCUGUGCUACAAGAGAAAGCAGACAGGAUCGAGAAAAAAGCAAAUGACACACACUAUAUGAUGCAACAAGUUUACAAGAUAUUAAGCGGAAAGGAUGGGGUCAUAGCGAUCCUCGUGGUACUCCUCGCCAUCUCGGUUGCCAUCAAUUACUUCCGCUGAACCAUCCAACCAACCAUAGAUACCAUCUUGAAAUAAAAGGGCUGUAUUCCUUUAACA